AACUCAACUCAACUCAACUCAACUCAACUUAACUCAACGCAACUCAACUUGGAGCUUUACGACUCUGCCGUCACUCAUUUGGUUUUUCAAUUUGGUCAAAAGUUGAUUGCAGCCGGAAACUGAAUCUUACACAAUUCCUAUUCAUAAAGUGCAGCUGGGAUCGCAGCCAUUAAGUAGCUGGUGAUGGCGUGCGCUUAGAAACGCGCUGAAAAGGCUCGCGUUAUGUGACAGCAGCAACAAGAAUAUUUAAUAUAAAUGCAGCCACGCUGAUUGAGACAAUCAAGUGGGAAAUCUAGUGAAACAGACAGACAGAGAGAGAGAGAGGGAGAGAGAGAGAGAGAGAGAGAGAGAGACAGAGUGAUAUCUAGAAGGAGAGAGCAUGUGGAAAACGAAAUCGAAAAUGUGCAACGGCAGCAAUGCAAUCACGACGGCAACGGCAACGGCAACGGCAACUGCAAUGCUUACAAACUUAUUAGCGAAGUGCACGAAAUCAACAAACUGCCCCAAAGGCAGCAACGCUAACAAUUAUCAGCAGAGGUGCAUACGAGGGGCAGGAGAGCAGCCGCACAAACAGCGAACAAAACAUCAAAACAUGCAGCAGAUGCAGGAUAAGCAGGAAGAGCAGGAAAUGCCGGGGAAACAGCAGCAGCAUAAUCAGCGGCAACAUCAACAACGUCAGGAACAAGGACAUCAAAUAAAGCAAAUGACAACGGGGAUAAAUGGAGUGGCAGUCGCCGUUGCGGCAGCCAAAGAACAUGAACACAAACACGAAUUUGGACGAGACCCAGGACAACGUCGUCGAAAUUGCAAUACUGUUGCCAGAGUGCAGCCUCAGCAGCAACAGCAGCAGCAGCGAAAGCAGUUUAGGAGGCUAUAUCAACGUGGCUGUCUUUCAAUUGUCCUGUGGUUGACAUUGGCUGCGACAUCAACGACAGCAACAGCAGCAGCAGCAGCAGCAACUGCAGCACCACCAACAGCAACACCUUUAACAACAACAGCCACAGCAACAGUAGCAGGAGCAGUGCCGACAAUGUCCCAGCGCAUCGCCCGCUCGUUGAGCAGCGGCCACAACAGCGUUGGCGCCGGCGUCGGCAGCGGCAUUAUCGGCCACAACAGUGGCAAGAGCAAUACAAGAGAACACUAUGAAUUGAGCAAUGGUGCCGGUGGUGAUGGUGUUGGUGUUGGUGGUGCUGCAGCUGGAGCUGGAUCAAAUGGUGGUGGUGGUGGUGGUGGCGGAGCAGCGGGCAUUGAGUGUCCCAGCUUCGAUGAUAGCUCCGCUUGUCCAUGCUACAAGUUCGAGGAUGGACUUUUCCUCGAGUGUCCUGGCACUACGGCUCUGUCGCUGCGCUCAACGCUGGAACGCAUCUCGGCGCCGAUACACUCGUUGUCCAUUUAUGAUUUUGAUCGGUCUGUCACAUCGCUCUCCCAGGACGUAAUCCAGCCGGGCGUCCACAUACGCCACCUGCAGUUCUCGCACUCGCACCUGGAGGCGCUUAAGGAGAAUAGCCUGCGCAACGUGCGCGGCAGCCUCGAGUCCCUCAGCAUUGUCAAUGGCAAAUUAACACAGUUACCCUCGCGAGCCCUCAGCUCGAUGCAAAAGCUGACCGCAUUGGACUUUGACUACAACGAGAUUGUGCGCAUCGAGGAUUACAGUUUUUAUGGCCUACGCGUUUCCAAGCUGAACAUUAAGGGCAAUCGGUUGCAGGUUAUACCAGAGCAUGGAUUCGCCGGUCUAGAGGAUUGCAUGCAGGAGAUUGAUGUGUCGGAAAAUGGAUUGCGCACAUUUCCGAUGAUGGCGCUGCGCAAGCUGGACCAUCUGCGCAUUCUUCGAUUGUCCAACAAUAAGAUAUCCACAUUCUAUGGCGACAUUCAGCUGGCCACAAACAAUGCCUCGGCGGCAGCAUCGGCAGCAGCCGCUUUAAAGUUACCAUCUUUAAUCCUGCUGGAUCUCAGCUCGAAUCAGUUUGGUGAGAUUAUAUACGAUUGCUUUCGAGCGUUUCCGCAGCUGAAGACGCUGUCGUUUUAUGCAAACCAAAUCGAGCUCGUUCAGUCCGAGGCAUUCAAGAGUCUCAAGGAGCUAAUGUCGCUGGACAUGUCACACAAUCGCAUCAUCACACUGGACCCCAAGGUUUUCGCUAAGAAUAAGCGCCUGCAGACCGUUGAUCUGAGUCACAAUCACAUACACGCCAUCAGUGGCGUCUUCUCCAAUUUGCCGCAGUUGCGCGAGGUAUUUUUAUCGGAGAACAAUAUACUUGAACUGCCAGCAGAUGCGUUUACCAACUCGACGAACGUGGACGUCAUUUAUCUGGAAUCGAAUGGCAUUGCGCAUAUUGACCCCAAUGUUUUUAGCACAUUAUCGAACUUGGAUCAUCUGUAUUUGCGUUCCAAUUUUAUACCGCUUGUGCCUGUCACUCUAUUCGAUAAAUGCACGAAGCUCUCAUCACUGUCGCUGGACAACAACGAGAUCCAAGACCUGGAGAUCGGUAUGUUCCGCAAGCUGGAGCAGCUGCGAGAGGUGCGCCUGCACAAUAAUCGCAUCCGGCGUGUGCGUAAGGGUGUCUUUGAGCCGCUGCCGGCGCUACAGGAGCUGCACAUACAGAAGAACAACAUUGAGGACAUUGAGCCGGGGGCGUUUCACACAUUGGCCAACAUGCAGCAUAUCAAUCUGCAGGACAACCAGCUCACCGUGCUAGAGGAUAUCUUCCCCGAGCAAAACUCAUCGCUGCUUUCCAUCCAGCUGGAGGCAAACUAUCUGCACAAGAUCCAUCAGCGCACCUUCCGCCAGCAGCAACGCAUCCAGAUAAUGUGGCUGCGCGACAAUCAGCUGGCGAAGAUCGAUCGUUCGCUAUUUGUGGACACGCCACAGUUGGGCCGCCUCUACUUGAGCAACAAUCACAUACGCGAGAUUGAGAAGGACACCUUCGGCAGCUUGGGACUGCUGAAGUUCCUCGACCUGAGCGGCAAUCAGUUGCGACAACUGCGACGCGACUAUUUCGCCACACUGUUCAGCCUCGAGGAGCUGAGUCUGGCCAACAAUCAGAUCGAGGCCAUCGAGGGCUUUGCGUUCAGUCGGCUCAAGCAGCUCAAGUUGCUGGAUCUCUCGCACAAUCCGCUCGUGCAGCUGACGCGUGACAUAUUCUUGGAUGAGCUGCCGCUGAGCAUGCUCAAUUUGCGGAACACAUCGCUGCGCAAGCUUGAGCAGCACACGUUCAAGUCCAUGCAGAAUCUAAACGAGUUGAAUCUGGAGCGUAAUCUGCUUAAUCCGGCAGACAUCCAGAAACUGGAUGUGCCCAGUUUGCGACGUCUGCACUUAUCGCACAAUAACUUCAGCCAUGUGGGCAUCGGCGGAGGAGUCGGCGGCAUUAUGUCCGGUAUGUUCGAUAAGCUGCGCUCCCUGCAGCACCUAUCGAUGGCAAACUGUAGCUUGAGAAGCAUACCCGAUCAGCUCUUUGCCAAGAACACCAAUCUGGUGCGCAUCGAUCUCUGCGACAAUCAGCUGUCCGAGAUGAACCGCAACAUCUUCAGUGGAUUGAAUGUGUUCAAGGAGCUGCGCUUGUGCCGCAAUAAUCUCGUCGAGUUUCCGCACAUCGCACUGUACAAUUUGAGCACGCUGGAGACGCUGGAUCUGGCCCGGAAUCAACUGAACUCCAUCGAUUUCUUCAAGCUAAGCGGCACACUGAACCUGAGGCAUCUGGUGUUGCGAGACAACAAGAUCAGCUCAUUGAGCGGCUUCAAUGCGGUCAAUCUGACGCAGCUGGACAACGUGGAUCUUAGUGGCAAUCUGCUGCUCUCGUUGCCGGCCAACUUUCUGCGGCACUCGAUUAACUUGCAGCGUGUAGACUUGUCCAGCAAUCGAUUCCUGCAGAUACCCAGUUCAGCACUCUCCGAUCUGUCCAUACCACGGUUGUCCUGGCUAAAUUUGACAGGCAAUCCCAUAAAUAAGAUCUAUACGGUGAAGGAAGAGCGUUACUUGUAUCUCAAGGAGCUGUACAUUUGCCAGACGAAUCUCUCCAUUCUCACCUCCAAGGACUUUGAGGCCUUUCAGGCGCUGCAGCAUCUCCAUUUGGUGAAUAAUCGCAUCACGCGCAUCUCGCCGGGUGCCUUCAAGUCGUUGACCAAUCUGUUGACCCUUGACAUGGGCGUCAAUGAGCUGGAGCUGCUGCCCAAGGAGCGUUUGCAGGGACUGAAACUGCUGCGACUGCUAAACAUAUCGCACAACACGUUGAAGGAUCUGGACGAGUUUAGUUCCGAAUUGGCUCAACUGCAGACGCUGGAUCUCAGCUUCAAUCAGCUGGACCGCAUCUCGAAAAAGACGUUCCGCAACCUGCACGGCCUUGUCGAGCUCCUGUUGAUGGGCAAUCGUAUGACGGCACUGUCCAAUGAUGCCUUCCGCUAUCUGCGUAAACUUCAAUUGCUCGAUCUGCGAAAGAAUUACUUUGAGCUAGUGCCGCUGGAGCCACUGAAACCAAUGGAGACAAAUUUGCGCCAGCUGAAGCUAGACGAAAAUCCACUGCAUUGCAGUUGUGAUGCACAAAAGCUGUGGGAAUGGCUGCGGGAUCAUCGCAAAUGGUCUCUAUCGCCGUCCGGGGGCGAUAACAUUAAUUAUCUCAGGUGCGAACACCCAACGGAGCUGCGUGGCAAGGUGUUUGGCCGCAUGGAGCCGCAGCAAUUUUGUGACGCGCCAUUAAUACCCAAAAUGGCCAUACAGGACAUACAGCCGUAUUCGGUGGUCGUUUCCUGGCAGAGUCGAGACCAUUUGGGCCUCACCGGUUUCGAAAUCGUUUACCAUGCCACCAACGAUGGACUCAUUGCUGGCCCAACCGACCGCGACGAGAGCAGAGGCCUUGAUAAUCAUCACGAACGCGAACGCGAACGUGAACGGGAACGUGAACGGGAAAGAGAACGGGACCGUAACUACGAUAGGUCCCGGCACGUAGACCGCGAGCUGGAACGCGAACGAGACGGAGAUGCAGAUGGAGAUAGAGAUAGAGAACGACCCGCCCAGUUUGCUGCCACGGAUGAGAUCCACGGCAAGCGGCUAAAUGGCACGGCCAGCUCGACAAAGCUAACGAAACUGAGCCCCAACACACGCUAUCACAUCUGUGUCAUCGGUACCGGUAAUUGGCUCUCGGAGCCUUUGGCUAAUGCGCUUCAAAGGCUGCACUACAAUGAGACACGCGACGAGUUGCUGACACUGGGUCCACCUGGAACUGGAGCUGGACUUGGAUUUGGUGAUGUCGCCCUGCAAGCGCUGUCGGAUACCUAUUCGCCAUAUCAGCACCUGAACGGUGUGGAUGAUGAGAUGGACCAGCAGCAGGCAGCGUUGAUUGAGAACAGUAUCGUGACGGACAAAGUGCUGAACGAGGUGUUGAAGAACUCGCACAUCUCCGCCUGCACAGACGUACAGACAUUGGACUCGACGCCCAGCCUCAUUACUGAUGAGAAUGGACUGUCCAGCAAUGGCUUUAUACACUCGAUACUGACUAGACGGCUGGGCCUCAUUGUUGGCUGCUGUUUGGGCAUUAUCGUGUUCAUUGUGAUGAUAUCGGUGCUCAGCUAUGUGAAGCUCAAGAAGCAGCGUAUCGAGAACGCAAAGCGACAGGCAACCAUGCCGCCUGAAUACAUCUCCUAUCGCCACUUCUCCAUACCCAACGAGGAGCUAACGCGUACAGCGACCAAUGCUGCAGCUGCAGCUGCAGCUGGGGCUGCCUCGUCGUCGGGAGCGGGAGCACCCGUCGCAACUGUCUCACACAAUAUGUCGAGCGUGCCGAGCGGCAUCAGCGCUCACAUAAGCGGCACCAGUUUGAGCACCGGCACCACAACCACCACAGCGACAACGCCAAUUGGUGGCGUACCAUUGACGCUGGCCAAGUCGGGCAGUCGCAGUCCCAUUGUGGGUAUUGCGGGUCUCGUUGUGGAGAAUGGCGAUGCUGGUGGCAACGUGGCCGUCGUCACCGUCGCUGCCACGCCAGCCAACAGCAAUGCCAAUGGAAAUGGCGGCGGCACUCACAGUCACAAUCACAGUCACAACCACAAUCAUCAUCAGGCGGCGCAUCGUGCCAACAACAACGGCGCCAUUGGGGGCUAUAUGGCAGCGGGAGUGGUACUCAAUACGAACCAUUUGAGCGUCUGUUAGUCUCAUUCAAAAAGAGCCACUCGUACUCAUCGACAUUUUUAAAUAUAUAUAUAUAUAUAUAUAUAAUGCAUUUUCAAUUGCAUUCGCGUUUUCUAGAGGCCCCUUAACAGCACCAUUUGCAACUUGUGAAUGUUGUCAUUUGCUCGGAAACUCAGUCUCAAUUGCUCUCAUUUAUCGAUACACACGAAAGGGCCGUCAUGAAU